GAGUGUUAUCUUCAGUUGUGCAACUUUGGUUUAGAACUGAAAAAAUGGCAACGCCAAUUGCAAUCCAAUUCAAGCCCUCUUUUCUCUCAUUUCUAUCACCUAAUUUCUCAUCUGUCAAUACAAAACCUCAUUUUCUUCAACCCAAUGAUAAAUUCUUGCUCUCUUCUCCUCUCAAACAAAUAGUACCCACUUUUUCUUCCCGCCAAUUCUCCUUUCUUCAACAGCAGCAGCUUUCUUCAACUCGUUUCGUUGCCUCAGCAGCUCCUGGCGUUGCUGAUACUGUUGAAAAAGACAAACUUCCAGCUGAUAUUCAUGUUACUGAAACCCAGGAACCCAAUUCCAGAGUCAGGUUGACUGUAGAAGUUCCAACUGUGGUAUGCGAGGACUGCUAUGGAAGAGUCAUAAGAGAGUUCAUGAAACACUCAAAGGUUCCUGGAUUUCGUCCUGGGAAGAAUGUUCCAGAAGAUAUCCUCGUUGGUUAUGUUGGGAAGCAAAAUGUUCAAAAAGCUGCAGUCGAGUCUAUUCUGAAAAGAACACUUCCACAUGCCAUGUCUUCGAUUACUGGAAAGGCAUUGGAAGACUCAAUUCGCAUUGCGACCAAAUUCGCAGACAUGGAAAAGACCUAUGUGUCUACGAAUUCCUUGAGGUAUGAUGUGAUUGUCGAUGUGGCUCCUGAAAUCAAGUGGAAACCUGACAAUGCAUAUAAGAAUCUUAAGGUGGUUGUUGAGCUUGACAGUGAUAUGGAUGCUCAGACAGCUUCAGAAAAAGAAUUUAAACGGCGUCACAAGUCUCUGGGUGCAUUGAAAAUUGUUACUGACCGGGGUUUACAGGUUGGCGAUGUUGCAGUGAUUGAUAUAUCAGCAACUACAAUUGAACAAGAUGGAUCAGAUGCUAAAAGCAUACCUGCUGCAGAGAGUAAAGGUUUCAACUUUGACACAGAAGAUGGAGAUAAUGUCCUUCCCGGUUUUCUUGACUCAAUUAUUGGUAUUAAACGUGGUGAAACGAAGUCAUUCCCUUUGGUAUUUCCAGACUCAUGGAAACAAGAGGAUCUUCGUGGUGUUCAUGCUCAAUUCACAGUUGAUUGUAAAGAACUGUUCUACAGAGAUUUGCCUGAGGUGAAUGACUCGAUUGCUGAUAAGCUUAUCCCGGGAUGCAGCUCCAUUGAGGAGGUAAAGCAAGCAUUGCUACAAAGAUGUCUUGAAGUUGAACAGGCAGCUAAAGACCAAGCAACUGAUAAUGCCAUCUUAGACCAGCUAUACAAGAUGGUUGAAGUUGAUAUUCCUCAAUCUCUCUUCGAAGAGCAAGGAAGACAACUCUAUGGAGCUCAACUUUUACAAUUGCAGGCAAAUAUGAAACUGAGCGAACAGCAGCUGGCAUCGUUAUCAAGCCCAAGGGCCGUGAAUGAGUUCCUUGAAGCACAAAAAGAAAAUAUAACAAGUAUUAUAAAGCAAAAUUUAGCUGUUGGUGACAUAUUUAUACGCGAAAAUUUGCAGUUUUCAACAGAGGAGCUAGUGAAAGAGGUUCAGAACUCAAUUGAAGAAUUCCAGAAGUCUCAACAGGACUAUGACGAGGACCGGGUUAAGCAACAGGUACAAGAAGUACUUGAAGGGGCUAAAGUACUUGAAUGGCUGAGGGAAAAUGCAGAUAUUCAGUACAUAACUAGGUGAAAAGACGCACAUAAUGUUCAACGAAAGGAUAAGCUUUCGACUUAGUUAGCUUUCGACUUAGUUUGAUGCUUCUGAGAAAUUUGUCAUCUACCUCGGAUAUUGGUGCUCCGAAAUGAUCAAAGAAUGUCAGCAACUGAUGUGGCCAAAUGCUUCAAGCAAAGUUUCAGCAGUAUCAAGUUUCCAGAACUUAUAGUGCUACGCGAUUGUUGGCUUGGUUUGAAGGAGCUUCUUGAAUCUGAGCAUCUUGUUUUUUUGAUCAACUGAUGCAAUUUCCAGACUGAUGAAUCAUCCUGAUUUCCGUAUCGGAAUCCAAAAAGUCACCAUUUUAAAGUUGGUGAACUGAAACUAUAUGUAUUUUGAGAGGCACUCCAGAGAAUGUUUACUGCUGUACAUUCAUAAGCUGCUUAUUGGUGUAACCUUCUAUUACCCAAUCUGAUUGUGUUUCUUAAUUGCUAAAUUUUGUGAUUAAGCAAUUUAAUGAAGCAUCCUAUA